CCCUACGAUGUUUUCCCCAGUGCAUAAAAAUGGAUGAUUUACCGAGUGUACCUACAUUAUGUGUGAAGGUAUAGGUAAUUAGAAAUGUACUAAGGCUUCCCGAGCAGUGUUAGAAGUGUACACCGGCGCUAGUAAAUAGUGUUUGGCUUAAAAGUUCCCAGCGGAACAGUUUCAUUGUGGCGAAGGUUGGAGUUGAGGCCGGCGAACACGGUGUGUUAAAAGUAAAAAGGAACCACAAUCCUAGACAUCAUAAAAUAGUUCCCCAUUUUUGCGAACUGCUUCACCCCGAUCGGAAAAGGUCCCGAAGCCAUCCAGCCUUCCAGCCAAACGAUCAUCAGCUGGCCUGCGACGAUCAACAACUGUAAGAGCGUGAACUGACCUGCGGACCUGAAUUAUGCUGCUUCGGAGACGGCAGCACGGGACGAGACAGUCGAUCGCCGGUCAAUAGGAACCAGUUUUUUCGGCGACCAAUGAUAACACAUCUACCAGGUGUAGAGAUAAACUAACCAACCAUCUGCCACAGUUUAACGGAUUUGAGGUAGAAAAAGCGUCCGGUAAGAUGAAUUUAGGCGUGUAACUAUUCGUUAUCCGGUUGUGUGCACACCGGACGUCCGGGGAAGAGCCGUAGCGCGGGGACAAUCGUUUUCGGGAACCUCUUGUUCGGUUGUGUAGUGCAAGCACUAUAGCAAGCAACAGCAGGCACACACUUAUCGAGGUAGAUAAAAACGACGCAUCACCGCGUAUCCACCGCUCUCUUACCUGGCUCGGCCGUACCGCCAUGUCGGAAGGAUUUGGCAACGGCCAUCAGGAAGCAGCAGCAGCGGCCGCAGCAGCAGCAGCAGGACAACUAGUGGACGACAAUAUUCUGGUGCACGGUGACGGCGACACACACGAGUAUCAGUGGGCGUACGGAACGAUAAUGGACUCGUCCCGCGUUUCGACAUGUCUCAUCUCGAUGCUGCUGAUCGUGUACGGUAGCUUCCGGAGUCUCAACAUGGAGCAGGAACAGCGGGAAAAGGAAAAGAAACGACAGAGCGAAAGCAUGAACAAUCUCAUUACUGGCGAGCCGGUUCAGCAGGAGCAAACAGAUAAAUUCGCCACAUUGGACACGAUGCACGCACUAUGUCUGCCCCUUGGCGCAUCAGUUUCAUUACUGGUGAUGUUUUUCUUCUUCGAUUCGAUGCAAAUGUUGUUUGCCGUCUGCACAGCGAUAAUAGCCACCGUUGCCCUGGCAUUUCUCCUGCUGCCGAUGUGUCAGUACAUCAUCCGACCUUGCACGGAUGGUAAUCGGAUAUCGUUCGGCGUGUGUGGCCGUUUCACGGCGGCCGAACUGUUCAGCUUCUCCCUUGCCGUCUCCAUCGUGUGCAUCUGGGUGCUGACGGGCCACUGGCUACUAAUGGACGCAAUGGGCAUGGGGCUGUGCGUAGCGUUUAUCGCAUUCGUGCGGCUACCGAGCCUGAAAGUGUCCACGCUGCUGCUGACCGGUCUGCUCAUCUACGACGUGUUCUGGGUUUUCUUCUCCUCGUACAUCUUCAGCACAAACGUGAUGGUGAAGGUGGCCACACGGCCGGCCGACAACCCGGUUGGCAUUGUGGCACGCAAGCUAAACCUCGGUGGCAUCGUCAAGGAGCCGCCCAAGCUGAACCUGCCGGGUAAACUGGUGUUCCCGAGCAUUCACAACAGCGGACACUUUUCGAUGCUCGGUCUGGGUGAUAUUGUGAUGCCCGGCCUGUUGCUUUGCUUCGUGUUACGCUACGAUGCGUACAAGAAAUCUCAAUCGACACAAACGGCCGAAACGGGCGUACCGCCACCAAGAGGAGUCGGAUCAAAACUUACUUAUUUUCAUUGUUCCUUACUAGGUUACUUCCUCGGAUUGUUAACCGCGACUGUCAGUUCAGAAGUAUUUAAAGCGGCCCAACCGGCGUUACUCUAUUUGGUACCGUUUACACUGCUACCUCUGCUUACGAUGGCGUAUCUAAAGGGCGAUUUACGGCGCAUGUGGAGUGAACCGUUCAUCAUACAGCAAGCGUCGAAGCAGUUAGAAGUAUAAAACACACUGAAACAUUGUUACUGGAAAGCAAACAGACAACGGUACGCGAUAGUAUUAAGUGAUCAGACUCGAAAGUGGAUCGUAGCAAAGUGUACGAGAUAGCAAAAGUGCAAGCAAAUAAACCGACCGCGCCAAUUAGCUACGGUAUGUCAUAUGGACGGUAUAUCCGGCACGUCGCAUAGGAGCACGAUCGAACAAAUGCAAACUAUGAACAUAAGAUUCAUCGCAAUCGAACUGCAGCAGCAUUGAUCGAUUGCCACCAAUUUCCACGCACUCAAUCUCUCGGGGGAAGGGAAACCCCUGGAAUCACCGGGGGGUGUGUCACGAGGGUGUUUAGGUUACUAAGAAAACAGACCUAGAGGGAGGCGGGCGGGCGCGAGCAUAUGGCACCGGAAAUCAUUUAAGAUAAUUCGAAAAUAUUUGAAUGUGAUUAGGCAUUAGCGAUUAGUAGAUUGUUUGUGUGUAUGCUGUGCGUGUGACAAGCAAAAGUAAAAGAAAAAUGAGUACAGGAACAAAAUGGCGCCGAACAAAACACACAUGGUCCCUGAAUUGCAAUCAGAUUUGAGCUGAUGCACGGAGAAAAACAUAUAUCCCAUGUGCAAGGAUGUAGGAAUGUGAAAGUGAAUUAGUAGGAAAUAGGUUAUAACUCAUUUUACAUCAUAUGUACACACAACGUCUAUACCAACACUCGAGUCACGUUUCGGCAUGCAGUGCACGCUUCCGUUGACUGCCUUAGUUUAACGAUAGAUUCAUUUGUGUUCCAUUGAGUUUAAAACAUAUUUGUCUUUUCGAUUGCCGAAUUAUACUCUCUCUUUCUCUUUCUCUCUCUCUCUACGUUAUGUAUUAUUUGGAAAGCAAAAUUGUAUGCCGGAAAAGAUUGAUUUGAAAAUUAGAUCGUCCUAUGUUUAGUACCGUGCGAAGUGGGAAGCCGAACUGACAGGAAGUUUAAGCAUAUUCAUCUUCAUCUGCUACAUGCUUUCAUUGUCCGCUUGAACCAAGUUCGAGAGACUUUGCGACGAGACCAUGUUAAACUUAACUGAAGAGAAUUGUUAAGUUGCGAAAUAGAUUUUGAAAAUGCUAUGUAAAGAAGCGAAAUAUCAUGAUUCAGAAAAGGACGAUUUGCUUCCCAUUUUUACAUUUCAACAAAAACGAUUUGCGUUUAUCGGCUCCCAAAGAAAAAGUAAACACUGGAAGCAAUCUACUAUAAGGUUUACUGACAAGUGUACUAAAUAGAAGAAAAUCACAAAAAAGUCCGGUAUCAUCAGUUUAGCAGUAAUUGAUAGCAUCUUCUUUUUGCUCUCCCAGUUUCAUUGUAAUGAUCCUACUCCUAACGUAAAUGUCCGGUGGUAUUGCUUGCUUUGUGUUCUAUUGAAUUCAGUGCGCGGAACAAGAGAACAGAACCGAACUUCGAUAUACAUAAUGUGAUAAUUUUUUUCUUCUGUAUAAUUUCUUAUCUCCGCCUGUCUCGAAUGUAUACUUUAUAAAGAUUUUUUUCUAUAAUCAAAAGUACUGUUAAUAAUAGUGAAAAGAAAUAUAACUUUUAAUUUUUCCAGAAAA